AGUACCAGCCGUUCUGCUUUCUGUUCUUCUGUACAUUGACGGAAGGAUGGUGGUGUAGGUUGUUGUCGUAUGGUGUUUGAUAAUAAUGGAUUCCUUGUUUUUUUGUGAUAAAUGUGAAUGAACGGUUGGCCAUAAACAAUUUAUACAGGACAACUGGAUUGUGCUAUGUAUUAUUGAGUUGAGAAUUGCUAUCAUCAAAAUUUUCUCUCAUAAUAAGGUUAUGGCAUCUACAUGUUGAAAUAAUGUGAAUCCACCAACAAUAAAAUAGCCAUGGGUAACAAAUGCUGCUGCUGCGGCAGUAAGCGUUCGCCUCCAGAACGCAUUAACUUCACAGGAAUGAAGAUGGCUGUUACGGAAUCAAAUCAUCGGAACAUUGGCAUCGACACCAGAUAUACACCAGAUCCACAACGAAGUCAUGCCGACAUAAUAAGAAACAGGUCAACACCUAACAGGCCGGCUGUGGCUGCGAAAGGCAAAAUAGUUGUAGGUUUAUAUAACUAUGAGGCUCGUGAUAACACAGAUGUGUCCUUCAAGAAGGGUGAUAGGAUGGAAGUCAUCGACGAUUCCGAAGGGGAUUGGUUUAUUGUUCUUCACCUUCUUACCAAGGAAAAGGGAUACAUUCCUAGUAACUAUGUUGCUGCGGAGAUGAGCGUGGAGAGUGAAGACUGGUUCUUCGAGAAUAUUUCAAGAAAAGAAGCGGAAAAACUGCUUCUUGCUGAAGAAAAUCCAAGAGGAACAUUCUUAGUCCGUCCCUCAGAACACAAUCCCAAUGGAUAUUCAUUGUCAGUUAAGGAUUGGGAAGAAUACAGAGGUCAUCACAUUAAACAUUACAAAAUAAAACCACUAGACAAUGGAGGCUUUUACAUCUCAACCAAUAAGACUUUCGAUACGCUUUCGGAAUUGGUAAAUUCAUAUACAAGAAAUGCAUUUGGAUUAUGCCAUGUGUUGUCGAAGCCUUGUCCAAAACCGGAGCCUACAAUGUGGGAUCUUGGGCCAACUUACCGCGACAAAUGGGAAAUACCAAGAAAUGAAAUUCAUUUAGUGAAACGUCUGGGUCGGGGUAACUUCGGUGAAGUUUACUAUGGAAAAUGGAAAAGCAAUACUGAAGUAGCCGUUAAAACGUUGAGGGAAGGCACUAUGUCGACGCAGGCUUUCUUGGAGGAAGCAGCAAUAAUGAAAAAGUUUAGGCAUAAACGUCUAGUGCAACUUUUUGGUGUGUGUAGUGAAGAAGAACCAAUUUUCAUUGUUCAAGAAUACAUGUCCAAAGGUAGUUUGCUAGAUUUCCUGAGAAAUGAGGAGGGUAAACAAUUAGGAUUUGAUGAAUUAAUUUAUAUAGCUUUCCAAAUAGCAAGUGGAAUGGAAUAUUUAGAAAGUAAACAGUUAAUACAUCGUGACUUAGCAGCAAGAAACGUCCUCAUAGGUGAAAAUAAUAUUGCUAAAAUUUGUGAUUUUGGUUUGGCAAGGGUAAUUGAGGACAAUGAGUAUUGUCCAAAACAAGGGUCUCGAUUCCCCGUGAAGUGGACUGCUCCAGAAGCCAUAGUUUAUGGUAAAUUCUCAAUUAAAUCAGAUGUUUGGUCAUAUGGUAUCCUACUAAUGGAAUUGUUCACAUAUGGACAAAUUCCUUAUCCUGGAAUGCAUGGUAGAGAAGUUAUUGAAAUGGUUGAAAAAGGAUACAGAAUGCCAAAACCGACAUCCCAUGUACUACCUGACGAAAUUUAUCAAAUAAUGUUGAAUUGUUGGGAUGCUCGACCUGAAAACAGACCAACAUUUGAAUUUUUGACUCAUUACUUUGAAGGCUUCAAUGUUACAUCUGAAGUACCCUACAGAGAAGUACCAGAUUAAUAAGCUAAAAAAUAAAUUGAAGAUUGCAUUUUGAUCACACUUUUCUCAUUAUAAUUUGUUUGUUGUUUGAUCAUGAGAUCUCAUACUCAGAGUGAUAGCGAGCUUUCAACAUUACAUUACUUUUUGGCACAAACAAUAUUUUCCUGCCGCCAGUUAUCUCUCUUUUAUAUAAAUUUUCAUGAUUUCCAUCAAUUUAUAUAUUUUUUUGAAAAAAUGUCUUGAGUUAAUUAAUGAACAAAAACUGGAGAUUUCUUACAUCUCGUACAAAAUAUGAAGAUGAGUUUCUUCAUUUAUUAAAAAAAAGAAGACUGUUUGAUGUGUUUCUUUCACGAAUAAGCCUGAGAUGCUUAUAUAAUUAAAAAAGCAUUGUAGAUUCAUUAAAAUUGCCACUAGUGUGGCAAUCAGUGCAAAUGAUAUAACUGAAGUGUCCUAAAUCAAAUUUAUCUUUUAUACAAAAACUUUUGUACGAACCAUAAAUUAUACUAUCUCGCAAGGACCAAAAAGUAAUUUGCCCAAUGCUUACCACUUAGUUCCUAAUUCCUGAAGUAAUUGUGAAAUUAUUUUUCUCUGUGUAUUCAUCCUCCAAUGAAGUAUUUCCCUUAAAUCUCAUUUUCUGCUUGAGUUUAUCGAACAAUAUUUAGUAACUGGAGAUACCUAAUAAUUAUGAAAUUGUAUUAUAAUUUUUAUUCCAUGCAUGUAAGUGUGCUCGAUGAAUGUGUGUUGGUUUUAAAGUAAUUGGAUAUCAAUUAUAGACAAGAAUUCAUCUCUUUUAAUCACAUGACAUGUUGAAGUUUCAGCUAAAACAGUGACAAUCCAUCAAUAGUUUUGCUUACUUCUAAUAUAUUUCGUAUAAAUGAUGAAGAAUAUUGUGUAUAUUUGAUGUUUUGCAAUUGAGGUGAUGAUGUGCUUUUGUGUAUACUACAAUUGUUUUGAUAUAUUUCUUUAGUCUAAGUGUGUGUUAGUUUUUUAUAUAAUUGGGAAAUGAGUAUGUAGUUGAACUAUUAUAUUUUUUUUCAGAGUUUGAAUAAAGCCAUAUAUUAUUUUUAUGAAUGAAAGUCUUGUAAAUAUAUUAUACAUUAUUGAAAUAAAAUGUGCUACUUGAA